AUGAAGUCAACCUUCAGCCAGGUGAAGCUUGAAUAUUCACAAGCGGCCGACUUUCGCGGUGGGCACAAAGGCUCGUCCCGUCGAUGGUCAAGUUUCGCGUCUCUGACCUAUAUACCCUCGAAGAUGCCUGCACCAUCGCCUCUGCCCACCUACCUCUACAAAAUCCUCCCCUCGGCCCCUCCAUCGCCCCUCCCUGCACGCCUCCCACUCUCAGACCUCGAUCGCAACGACGGCUAUAUCCAUCUAUCAACAUCAGAACAAGUGCCUGGAACUGCUGACAAGUUUUUCGGCAACCUAUCCGAACUGUGGCUGCUGAUGAUCAGAUAUGAGGUCUUGGCUGCAGGCACGGAUGGCGAUGGCGAAGUAAAAGCAGGCAGCAGGGCGGACGUUAGGUGGGAGGAAGUGGGGCGUGGCUGUUUCCCCCAUCUUUAUGGGGCUGACCUGGGAAUGGGCAAUGUGGAGAGUGUUGAUAGGGUAGAAAAGAGGGGAAGCUGGGCUGAGUCGCUCAGUCUUGCAUGGACACCCCUAUCUUCACAUGUGCUCCCAACCAUGCUGUCGCCUCUUUGCCAUGCCUGCCACGGAAUGCUUCUUCGACUAGGGACCAAUCGGCGCCAGGAUCGAGAAGACUUGUCAAUGUCGCCAAAGACUUGCCAUAUAUGCGCCAAUAUAGAGCAUCGCCUUCGGAUUUGGAAGUAUGAACUUCUUGACCUUGAGGAGGUCGCAUUUCGCGUAAUCGAACAGUCGCUUGAGCACGUUAAGAUAUCUAUCGAUUGGACAGCCAAAUCGCAACACGAGGACAGUUUUUACAUACACGUGGAGACAGGAAUUGGCCGAACAACUUCUGGUCCGGUGACCGAAGCCGACACAUGCGGUUCGGCUGCGAUCUCGUUCUUGGGUUCCAAGUUACGUCAGUGUCUCCACAGCGAUACACACGGUGAUUGUCAAAGAAGUGAUCGGGAGAUUGCACCAUACUAUCCUACACGUCUGCUUAAUGUCAAGAAUCGACUCAUUGUCACCGUUGAGGAUACUGGACCACAUACUGAAGGACUCUAUGCAUCACUAUCGCAUUGCUGGGGUAAGUCACGCCUUGUGCAACUGACAUGUGAGACUGAACAAAAUCUGCGCAACGGCUUAGACAUAGAUUGCUUGUCGAAGACUUUUCGUGAGGCGAUCCGAGUAUGUCAAGCACUGGACGUCUCGUAUAUUUGGAUCGAUUCACUCUGCAUCUUUCAGGAUAGCGCAACGGAUUGGCAAGAGCAAGCAGCGUUAAUGAGUAGAGUAUAUACAAAUGCACUCUUCAACAUAGCUGCCACAAGUGCCAGAGAUGGGUCCGUCGGGCUGAAACAUGCCCAGUACCCAAGAGUACAGGAACCAUUCCUGCUAUCAGCUCCAAUAUGCUUCUGGCGUCCAAAAGAUGAGCGUAUAUCCACGAUCCCUGACGAUGGGCAUGUAUCAACCACCUAUGUCGUCAGCUUUCCUAGCUCAUUUGACAUGAAUACGACAGACCCCGUUGAAGCACCUUUGAACCGAAGAGCUUGGGUUAUGCAAGAAUCACUUCUUUCCCGGCGUAUAAUGCAUUUCACCGCUUCCGGAGUUUAUUGGCACUGUCUUAGCAACCUAGCCAAUCAAAGCUACCCCGAUGGUCUCCCUCAUUACUUUGAAUUACUUCCAAAAAGCGAAGACAAGCUGUUUCUAGCCAAAAGGAGCACAACCGGAAACUCGCAUAUAGCAACUGCCUCGAAAAAUAAAAUUUAUGAUAUCUGGAACCGCGUUUGCUCCGAGUACAGCGACAGGAAACUGACAGUACAAAGCGACAAACUUGUGGCUAUCAAUGGUAUUGCGGACCGAAUCGCUAGCCUCAAUAGUGACAGGAUCAUCUGCGGUCUGUGGGAACAACGUUUACUGCCACAGCUGCUGUGGUAUCUAAAUGCAAACCACAACCCCCCUCGUCCCUUUCCUGACGCCUGGAUUGCCCCGAGCUGGAGCUGGGCGAGUCACAACAGGAACAUGAAGCACGCAGCACACCUAUGGUGUGACCAUGGAGCGCCAAAGGCUGAAAUCGAAAGAAUUCAUGUGAACUCACACGCGUCCGGCCAAUUGCGAAAUGAUCAUGCGUCCUUGACUCUCCGCGGUAAACUUCUUUCGGGCUUCUUAGAUGUACAUGCAGACCGUCCAUUUUUCCCCUACCAGCAUACAAAAACUUUUUUGGUCUGUGGGACUUACAGCAAGCAAAUCGAGCUGGCCAUGCUCGACCUUUACAUUGACGGGGCCAAAGAUUUCCAAGGAGAGAUAGUAUGUCUGCGUAUCUAUGAGGAUACCUGCGACGAGAAAGCCGAUAAGUACGACUAUUGGGAUUGGCGCACAGGAUCACUCAUUCUACAAAAAGUGCAGUCUGGUCCUGCUGAUGAAUACCGGAGAAUUGGUAUCCUUCUACUCAAAGAAGAUGAGCUAGUGUUCUACGCGGACCACGAGAGUGCAGAGGAGCACAGCGUAACUAUAAUAUGA